GCGGCGCGAGGGACGGCGGCUGCGGGGAGCCAGGCAUUUCCCUGCUGAGGGAUGCAGACACCACGGCCCCGGGAACCAGAGCUCUCGCCGCUGCAGCCCUUGCCGCCGGGAUGGGACGCUAGGAUCGUUUUCCUUCUACUUCUCGCUCUUUUUGAUUUUUCUCGCCUUUUUUUUUUUCCGAUUUGCAAUUUUCCCCCUCUCGCCGUUUCGCAUCACUUCUCUGCCCAAAAAAUCAGCCGCAUCAUGGAGGCCCUUUGAUGCGCCCGCCCGCCGCGCCGGCUGCCCCCGCGGCUGAGGGAAGCCCUCCGGGCCGUGCCCCGUUCCCCGAGGGGGCUCCUCGCGGCCCGGCCCGCCCCUGCCCCGCGGCGCUGAGCCGGGAUGCCGCUGCGGCGGCCGGAGAGCCCCGCUGCCGCCUGACGGGGGGCUCUUCCUUCCUUCCGACGACGGGAACCUGCAUGUCACCCCCGCGGCGGCCGCCCGCCCGCCCGCGGCCGAGGCGGCGCGGGACGUGCCCAGCGCGGCGUGAGGAGCGCAGCCGGCUCCCCGGGGCGGCAGGGCGGCUUUCGCUCUUCGCUGUUAUUUUUUAAUAAACCGUUGAUUUUUAUUUUUUUUUUUGGCCCCCAAGCACACCCCAAAGCGCACCCCCGGCACAGCGCAGCGCCGAGUGGGACCGCGAGGAGUGAGCGCUGCUCGGCGGGAGCGCGGACGCGGAGGUGGGGAGCGGCCCCCGGCCCGGUCCCGGGUUAAUCGGUAACGCGGAGCGAGCCCGGGUGGAAAAUGCGCCGCGCUCCGGGCUCAAGGGAGGAGAUGGUGCCGUGCCCCCGGCCGCUCUGAGCGCCGAGCCGACGCCGGGGUGUGUGUGGUUUGGGGCUCGGUGGUUUUUUUUUUCGUUAUUUUUGCUUUUGAUUUUUUUCCCCUCUUUUUUUUUUUCUUCUUUUUUCCUGCUUUUACAAGAAGGAGAGAAAACCUUACCAAGAUUCUCAGAUGGCUUAGACAAAUUAAUAAUAAUCUGUGAAAAUACGAAGUCGACCGGUUCUUGAUUUCCCCCCUUCCCUCCCCUCCAGCUCCCCAGCCCACUGCUGAGAUUGAGCUAAAAGGACCUGUUUCCUGGAGGACGAGGAGAACAGACACGUUUCUGGUGGUGUAGAAGGGACCGAUGGCAAUGCUUCAGAGUGUAGCGGAGACGCAGGAGAGAGAUUCAACCUGUUAACAAAACAAAAUUAAGCAGGGGGAAAAUAUCAACGGGAAGGAAAGAUAUAUAUAUAUACAUAUAUAUAUAUACACGUGUAUAUAUACAAUUUAGAAGUAUUCCCCAGGUGGCCACAAAGCAUGGGCUGUGUUCCAAGCACCAACCUCUCUGACAGCAGAGUGAUCUGUCACAGUAGCAAUGAGUCUGAGGAGUACAAUUCCCCUCACCAGACCAACACAACCAUGUCUCAACAGCAGCAAGGCAACCCCGUCCCAGGAUUAUUCAUUAAAUGCUACAACACAUCCACUUAUGAGGCGAGGACUAAUUCCUCUAAGAAAGACAAGAGGGAGAACAGCCAGAGCAUGGAGGCAGAGGCCCAGACCGGCAGAUCCAAUGUGAAGGCACCAGUAACAGAUGUGCAGUUUGGCCCUAUGAGACUUCAUCAAGAUCAACUUCAGGUACUUUUAGUGUUUGCUGAGGAAGACGAGCAGAGUAACGGGUUCCGCUGGGCGUGUGACAAGGCUGGAUUUCGAUGUCACAUUGCCAGGACUCCUCAGUCUGCACUAGAAUGUUUUCUAGACAAACACCAUGACAUUAUCAUCAUUGACCAUAGACAUUCCAGAUACUUCGAUGCAGAAGCAUUAUGCAGGUCUAUCAGAACAACGAAAGCCUCAGAAAAUACAGUCAUUAUUUGUGUAGUACAAAGGCACACUGAUCGUGAAGAGUCAUCAAUAUUGCCCUUGAUCACUGCUGGCUUCACAAGGAGAUACAUAGAAAAUUCUAGUAGGAUGGCCUGUUACAAUGAGUUGAUUCAGCUGAAAUUUGGACAGGUGCAGGCACAAUUCAAACUAAGGGCAUGUAAUUCAUUAUUUACAGCAUUAGAGAAAAGUCAAGAAGCCAUUGAGAUCACAAGUGAAGACCAUGUAAUACAGUAUGUCAACCCUGCUUUUGAAACAAUGAUGGGCUAUCAAAGAGGUGAACUAAUAGAAAAAGAAUUAACAGAAGUGCCUAUAUAUGAAAAAAAAGCUGAUUUCCUAGAUACUAUUAAUUCCUGCAUAAAGAUAGGAAAGGAAUGGCAAGGAAUGUACUAUGCGAAAAAGAAAAAUGGAGAUAGCAUACAACAAAAUGUGAAGAUACUACCUGUCAUUGGACAGGGAGGAAAGAUUAGACACUAUGUGUCAAUUAGUAGACUGUGCAAUGACAACAAUAAGGUGGAGAAGACAUGUGAAUGUAUUCAGGCUGAAUCUCAGACAGAUACUCAGACUUGCAGACACAAAGACAUGAGGAAAGGAUCCCUGGAUGUCAGAUCCACAACAUCACGUGGGAGUGAUGGCAGCUCCCAGCGGCGCCGCUCCUCCAUGGCCAGGGUCCAUUCCAUGACUAUCGAGGCUCCCAUCACCAAGGUAAUAAACAUCAUCAAUGCUGCACAAGAGAGCAGUCCCAUGCCAGUUGCAGAAGCUUUAGACCGGGCUUUGGAGAUUUUAAGAACCACUGAAUUGUACUCUCCACAACUGGGGACAAAAGAUGAGGAUCCACAUACAAGUGACCUUGUUGGAGGGUUAAUGACAGAUGGUUUACGAAGAUUAUCAGGGAACGAAUACAUAUUGUCAGCAAAACAAACUCAUCAGGUCGCUGGCAGUCUGAGCUCCCCAAUCUCCCUCAAUGACAUUCCCCCACGGAUAACACAGGCAAUGGAAAAUGAGGAACAGUGGGAUUUUGAUAUCUUUGAACUUGAGGCUGCCACCCAUAAAAGGCCUUUGGUUUAUCUGGGUCUCAAAAUAUUUGCUCGUUUUGGAAUCUGUGAAUUCCUAAACUGUUCAGAAUCCACUCUGAGGUCAUGGUUACAAGUUAUUGAGGCUAACUACCAUUCCUCCAACUCCUACCAUAAUUCUACUCAUUCAGCAGAUGUACUUCAUGCUACUGCUUAUUUCUUGUCUAAAGAAAGAGUAAAGCAAACUCUGGAUCCAAUUGAUGAGGUUGCUGCUCUCAUUGCUGCCACAGUCCAUGAUGUGGAUCACCCAGGAAGAACAAAUUCUUUCCUGUGCAAUGCUGGCAGCGAGCUCGCCAUUCUCUACAACGACACGGCCGUGCUGGAGAGCCACCACGCUGCCCUGGCUUUCCAGCUCACCACCCGCGAUGGCAAAUGCAAUAUAUUUAAAAACAUGGAGAGAAAUGAGUACCGAACCCUUCGCCAAGUCAUUAUUGACAUGGUCCUAGCAACAGAAAUGACAAAGCACUUUGAGCAUGUCAACAAGUUUGUCAACAGCAUUAAUAAACCCUUGGCAGCGCUGGAAGAAAAUGGGAAUAAUGGUGAUGGAGAGUCAAUCAAAACUGUUCUCAGGUCUCCUGAAAACCGUAUCCUUAUCAAACGCAUGUUGAUAAAGUGUGCUGACAUUUCCAAUCCAUGCAGACCCAGAGAACAGUGCAUAGAAUGGGCCGGGCGCAUCUCUGAGGAGUACUUUGCACAGACUGAUGAAGAAAGGAGACAAGGUUUACCUGUUGUGAUGCCAGUUUUUGACAGAAAUACUUGCAGCAUCCCCAAAUCCCAAUUAUCAUUCAUUGAUUACUUCAUUAUUGAUAUGUUUGAUGCCUGGGAUGCAUUUGCAGACCUGCCAAAUCUGAUGGAGCAUCUGAAUAAUAACAUUAAAUAUUGGAAAGGACUGGAUGGAAGGAACCUGCGAGUCCUCCGACCACCACCAGAAUAGCAGUCAGACCAUGGUGUCAUUCACUAGCCAGAUGCAUAUUUAUUCAAGCUCACUUUUAUCUGAUUUGUUUUGGUCUCUUCAGUAUUACAGUAAAGCUAGCCCAUGCACUUGGGGAACUUUCACAUUCAAGAGAACACGAGGUCAGCAGUUGACUUCCACAAAGUACCAUGUGUGGACUCGGAUGGAGUAAGGCCACCGAGGGGAAUUACACUGGAUUGCUGCAGGACUUGUACUGAAGAGGGUUUUUCAUGAACAUACUCCUGCGAUACCUUCAUACCAGCACAGGAAGCUGGAAGACCUUGAAGAGAAUCCUCAUAUAAAGGACAGUCACUAGAAGUUUGUCUGUUAAUAGAGACUCACAGCUUUUAUGAGAAAGCUACAUGCUUUUUAUAAGCACUUAAGACAGUUAUGUAGAACAAUCAGACAUUUAAAAUGCAACUGUCUAUGAAAGAAUUUUUGAUCUAUGAAAAAUAGAUGUACUGUAUUUUUUCACAUCACAGAAGGUGCAAUCAUUCACUUCUGAGCACUACUGAAAGUGAGUUCUCCUUAAGAAAUUUAGUAGCAAAUGUAAAAACACAAGAAUUUUUGAGGUUGAUCGUUAGCAUCUAUGAUUAAAAUGUUAUGUUUUAUUUAUUUUGUUAGAUGUUCAAUAUUUUCUAUGAAUUUAUAAAUACUUAAAAGCCAAAGCCAACUUUAGAUGCAUUAUAAAUUUACAUGAUUCAUACUCAUUAAUAUACAUUUAAUUGAUGUACAGACCUUUUAUUUUCAUAAUGCAAAUACAAAAUACUAUACAAUGAUACAUUUUUAUUGCACUGUAAGGAUAGAUGUGUAUGUUUAAAUAUUGUCUGAUUUAUGUUAAUUAAAAUAAGUUUUAUUAAAAAGAUCUCACUUGAGAAUAGUAGAAUAAACAAGAACUGUAUACUGUCUGAGCACCAGAACUGCAGUAGUUCUCCCACAAACCAGUGAGGACCACCUGAUCUUCUCUUGGCUAUAAAAAUAAUAAUAUGUUGGGGCUCUUUGUCUUCUCCCAUGACAUUUUAUGACUGAAUUCCCUGUUAAAGUCUGCCUUAUUUUAUAUAGUAUUUCUACAAAGCAUUCCACAGCAUAUAUGAAGAGGUGAUACUAAGCAUCUAAUGAAUUUCAACAUUUUAUAGCCAAUGCAUUUUCCUCUGCCGUAAAAGAAAGAGAACAUAAAACCACCAACAAAAACCUUUAACUCAAGAAGUUUGUAAAGGCUGUGUACCUUCCAAUUUGAAUGAAACCUUCAUAGCAACUACCAGAAAAUAAUAAAAUGUAUAUUUUAAGAA